AUGUCUCGAUAUAAUAGUAACUUUUUGUCAUCAUUGUCCACUGCAUCCAGUAGUAAUACAACGAGUGCAUCGGCUAUUGAGGCACAAAUGAACCGUUUAGCUGCAAUGCAACUAUCAUUGAGUGAGAGGAGUACUCCUACAACACCAACCCCACAUACAAAAUCAUCCUCACACCAUCAUCACCAUCAUCAUUCGACUGUUUAUGCCACUGGUUCAAAUAUUGAUCAAAUGUUGGGAGUAAAAGUAAAUACCUAUUUAUUGAAAAAGAGUCAAGGAGAACCUACUACAAAAUCAACUAAGGCCACUCUUGAAAAGAAAAAGAAUUUGAUACAAUCAUCUUCAGAUAGUUAUUCUGAUUCUUCAUCGGAAGAUGAAUUGGAUCAGGAAGUCUAUCUCGAUUCAGAUGAUGAAGACUUGAGUCUCGAUUCGGAUAAUGAGGAUCAAGAAGCUGAUAAGAAUGCACCAGCUGGAAAGUUAAUUCAUGAAUUUAGAUUAUGUGAUGCUGCUGAAUACAUUUCAGUUAAAUUAAUCGAUCAGGGUGACUAUAUUGAGGAUAUCAAAUUGUGUUAUGCAUCUACAUUCUUUAUCACUAAAAAGAAGAGAGUUUUCAUGAUUGGAAAUAACUUUUUGGAGAUUGGUUUCGAAAAGAUAUUAAUAAUACCCAGGGAAGUAACAUGGGAGGGAUGUCAAGGAAAUAACAAAAUGAAAGAAAUGGCUUGUGGACACUUUCAUCUUGUCAUAUUGACAGAACAAAAAGAAAUACUAGUGGGAGGAAAUAACAAUUAUGGCCAAUUGGGAGACAAUUUUGAAAAAAAAAGUAGCUAUAUAGAUGAGGAAGAGGAUGAUGUUGAAGAGUCUUCAGAUUCUGAAGAAGAGGACGGUGAGAAUUAUUUUCAAGGGAAAACAUUUGAAGUUAAGGAAAUUGAAUUAAAGAAACCUCCAAAUAAUUUGAACUCUUUGGGGUUCUUCUUCCUUGAAUUGAAGGGGGAUGUAUUGGAAUCUGUUUUCUGUGGAGCUUUCUUUACAAUAUUUGUAACCAAAUUGAGGAGAAUUUAUAUUUGUGGUCAAAUAGGUUUUGAUGAUUCUAAUAUUUUGAGAGAACCAACCAAGAUACGGUUCUUUGAUUCUGGGAUACCUGUCAGUAAGAUAUUUUGUGGAUCGGACGAUAUUGUAUUUGUUACGGUAGAUAAGAAGGUGUAUGGGUUUUCAUUGUUAGAACCAGAGACUAUUACUCAGAAACCUUCCCACUUUUCUCAAAUUGAAUACUUUUUAGAUGAGCACCAAACUUCAGUGAUGGAAUUUGGUUUAGGUCACAGUAUUUUUGUCACGAAGGAGAAUCAAGUUUAUUGUUAUGGAAGUAAUUGUGAUGGAGAAUGUGGAAUGGGAGAAAAAGAAAGUAUAAACAAGAUUUCACUCAAUGAUAACAUGAGCAAUCUAAUGGAAGUUGGAGAAAAGAUAGUAUCUGCAGUUUGUGGAGCUACCAUGUCAACAUUCCUCUCCAAUUAUGGAUCAAUAUUUGUUUGCGGAGAUAAUUCAGAAGGUCAACUUGGGUGUCUUGGCAAGCAGCCUUCCUCUAAAGUGCCAGUCAAGGUGCCAUCUCUAUUUAAGCAAGACAAGACAACGAAUCCCUCUCGGUUAAGAGUAUUCUCCGGUUAUCACAACACUUUUAUUCUCCAGCUACCUGAAAUUGCUGUUCAACCAUAA